UCCCUGUUUGUGUUGGAGGCACUGAAAGCUGUCCUGUUUUUGGACUCCGAAGCUAGAAUUUGGAAAGGAUUUACAUUCUGUAUGUCCACAGUGAGAGGAACAUACUGCACAAGUACUCAGACACCUCACUGUGGGGGGGACGUUCUUCUUCAUCUCUUCUCAUCCUUUUUUUGUCAUGUGUGGAGGUUCUGUGAGUUUGUUAGAUAGUUGAGUAGUACGAUACGUGGCAGCAUGUUGAGGUGCGUGCUCCAAAGAGCUACUAACCUGAGGAAUGUGGAGAAAGGAGAGCGGCACAGCGACCCUCUGGCCAGCAUCACCUUCAGAGGGACUAAGAAGAAGACCAAAGUCAUCAAGAACAAUGUCAACCCUGUCUGGAACGAGGGCUUUGAAUGGGACUUGAAAGGAGUGCCCUUAGACUCUACAGCGGAUCUGCAUGUGGUCGUUAAGGACCAUGAAAAAAUGGGAAGGAACAGGUUUCUGGGCGAAUGCCGUGUUUCUUUGAGAGAUGUACUCAACUCCCCAAACCUCGCAGCUACCUUCACUGUAUCCUUAGUUGACACCAAGAGGAACAACACUGGGGCUACAGUGACUUUGCAGGUUUCCUACAUCCCUCCUCCAGGCAUGGCUCCAAUCUUUCAGCCUCCGCCCCAGCCUGAACCCCUGCACAGCAGCACUCCUGUAGAACUGGACACUGUCACGGUCUUCUCGCUGGACACUAUGGGUGAAGAGGACACAGAAAGCAUGAUGAUGCUGGAGGUUCCAGAGGAACCUGAGCCUGUUCCAGGACCCCAGGGCCCAGAGACUGGAGCCCCUACAGCUCCACCUAAGAAAGCCCCUCCAACCUUUAACCAGGGCCUGAAGAAGAAGAAACAACACCACAAUAAAGCCCCUCUCCCCAACAAACCCCAGGACCUCCAGGUACGGGUGCGAAUCAUUGAGGGAAGACAGCUUCCUGGCAUCAACAUAAAACCUGUGGUCAAGGUGACUGUAGGGGGCCAGACAAAGAGAACACGCAUCAAGAAAGGCAAUAAUCCAUUCUUUGAUGAGACUUUCUUCCUAAAUUUCUUUGAAACCCCUUCAGAUCUCUUUGAUGAGCCUAUAUUUAUAACAGUAUUUGACUCCAAGUCUCUACGCACAGACUCUGUCAUUGGGGAAUUUAAGAUGGAUGUUGGCAUGGUGUAUAAUGAGCACAGACAUGCCAUUCUCAGGAAGUGGUUAUUGCUGGCAGACCCUGACGACCUCUCUGCUGGGGCUAGGGGUUACCUGAAGGUCAGCCUGUUUGUCCUGGCUGCAGGUGAUGAGCCACCAAUGGAUAAGAAGGAGGGUGUUCAGGAGAAAGAGGACAUUGAGGCGAAUCUGCUGAGGCCAGCUGGACUCACUCUCAGAGGAGCCUCCUUCACUCUCAAGAUCUACAGAGCAGAGGACCUACCACAGAUGGAUGAUGCCUUCAUGGAUGGUAUGAAGCAGUUUCUGGGAUUUGACUCCAACAGAAAAAACCUGGUGGAUCCAUUAGUGGAAGUCAACUUUGCUGGCAAAACGAUGUGCAGUAAGAUACUGGAGAAGAAUGCAAAUCCACAGUGGAACCAAAGUCUGGUACUUCCUAUCAGGUUUCCAUCUAUGUGCGAAAAGAUGAGGAUACGCAUUUUAGAUUGGGAUCGAGCAAGCCACAAUGAUGUUAUUGGCACCACACACCUGUGUAUGUCAAAGAUCUCUGCUCCAGGAGGGGAAAUAGAGGACGAGUUGUCCCCCAAGACCAUCCAAAGCACCAUUGAUGACAGCCUGGGCUUCCUGCCGACGUUUGGCCCCUGUUAUGUUAACAUGUAUGGAAGCCUUAGAGAGUUCACUGCCUUCUCUGACCCUUAUGAGGCUCUCAACCUUGGCAAGGGCGAGGGUGUAGCGUAUCGAGGCCGAGUGCUGUUGGAGCUGACCACUAAGCUGUGUGACCGAGCGGAGCAGAGGGUUGAAGACAUCCAGGCCGAUGACCUGUUGGUGGUAGAGAAAUUCAUGCGGAAGAGGAAGUAUUCUUUGUUUGCUGCAUUCUACUCUGCCACCCUCCUUCAGGAUGUGGACGAUGCCAUUCAGUUUGAGGUCAGCAUCGGUAACUAUGGCAACAAGUUUGAUUGCACCUGCCUGCCCCUGGCCUCCACCACUCAGUACAGCAGAGCAGUAUUUGACGGCUGUCACUACUAUUACCUGCCCUGGGGGAAUGUGAAGCCUGUGGUGGUUCUGUCAUCAGAGUGGGAGGAUAUCAGCCCCCGUGUAGAAGCUCUCAACAUGCUGCUCAGCGUUGUAGACCACCUGGAGUCAAACCUGAAGCUGGUGCAGCUAGAGCUCCAAUCAGGAGGUGACCAAGACAACCUGGAGCAGGCAGUGGUACAGUUGCUUGAUGAUGUCAUUGCUGACUGCAGUGAGGAGCUACCUGACCUGGACAGCUGGCCGUGUGUGACUCCUCUGGAUAAAUCUCUGCGGCGUCUGCGUAAGGUGAACCUGAAGCAGAUUGAGCAGGCAGCUCUGGCACUGAAACACGGGCCAGAGACAGAGCUGAGCUCAGUGCUGGAGCAGGCCGAGGACUGGACGCAGAGACUGCGCUCUCUUGCAGAAGAGCCCCAGAACAGUAUGCCAGACAUCGUGAUCUGGAUGCUUCAGGGAGACAGAAGAGUGGCGUACCACAGAAUUCUAGCCCACGAGGUGCUUUUCUCUCAGGGCUACUGUGGCAAGCACUGUGGCCAACUCCAGACUGUCUUCAUGAAGUAUCCUCAGAGCGGCAGCGGAGACGCUAAGAUCCCAGCACAGCUUCGGGUCAAAGUGUGGUUUGGUCUGGCUGCUGAUGUCAAGCACUUUAACCAGUUCUCCGAGGGCAAGCUGUCCGUGUUUGCCGAGACGUAUGAGAACCAGACCAAGCUGGCUCUGGUGGGGAACUGGGGCACGACAGGGCUGACCUACCCCAAGUUCAGUGAGGUGACUGGCAGAGUAAAGCUGCCUAAGGAGAGCUUCAAACCUUCUCCAGGCUGGUCCUGGGCUGGAGACUGGUACAUCAGCCCAGAGAAAACCUUGCUGUAUGACGUGGAUGCUGGCCAUAUGAGUUUUAUGGAGGAAGUAUUUGAGAAUCAGAUGCGGCUUCCGGGAGGACAGUGGAUUGGCAUGCCAGAAGGCUACACUGAUGUGAAUGGAGAGAAAGCUGUGCCCAAAGAUGAUAUCGAGUGCCCUCCAGGCUGGGUGUGGGAAGACCCUGAAUGGAGUGAAGACCUAAAACGGGCAGUGGAUGAUCAAGGGUGGGAGUAUGGCUUAACCAUUCCUCCUGACCGUCGGCCUAAGUCCUGGGUGCCAGCUGAGAAAAUGUACCACACCAAUCGCAGACGCCGCUGGAUCCGCCUGCGCCGCAGAGACCUGAAGAAAAUGGAAGCACUCAGAAAGCGUCCAGAUGAGUCGGAGCGUGAGGGCUGGGAGUAUGCCUCUCUGUUUGGCUGGAAGUUCCACCUUAAGCAGAGGAAGACGGACUCGUUCCGCCGCCGCCGCUGGCGCCGCCGCAUGGAGCCUCUGGAGAAGACUGGACCAGCGGCCAUCUUUGCCCUGGAGUGCUCGCUGGGCAGUGUAAUCGAUGACAAAAAUGAUGACAAGUCGGUUACAACAACCUUUGGCGUCAACCGGCCCACUAUCUCCUGCUUUUUUGAUAGUGGUACACGCUAUCAUUUGCGCUGCUACCUGUAUCAGGCCAGAGACCUCCUAGCCAUGGAUAAAGACAGUUUCUCAGAUCCCUACGCCAUUGUAUCUUUCCUGCACCAGAGCCAAAAGACAGUGAUCAUAAGGAACACCCUCAACCCCACCUGGGACCAGACCCUAAUCUUCUAUGAGGUGGAGAUAUUUGGAGAUCCUAAAAUAACUGAGAAGAAUCCCCCGAACAUUGUGGUGGAGUUGUAUGAUCAGGAUACUUAUGGGGCAGAUGAGUUUAUGGGGCGCAGUAUAUGUCAGCCCUCCAUGGUCUCCUCUCCUCGCCUGGCCUGGUACCCCAUCCUGAAAAGUGGCAAAGCAGCUGGAGAACUCCUCGCAGCCUUUGAGCUGAUCAGCAGAGAAAAGCCUGCGCUUCAUCACAUCCCUGGUCAAGAGGGAGAACUUCUCUCACAUUCUCACAUCAUGGAUGAGCUUGUGUUUCCAGGGAUCCUCUCUGAGAGUUUGCAACAAUGGCCAGAAGACUCUGACUUGCCCUACCCUCCACCCCAGAGAGAGCCUAACAUCUUUAUGGUGCCACAGGGCAUUAAACCUGUCCUACAGCGCACUGCUAUUGAGAUCCUGGCAUGGGGAGUGCGUAAUCUGAAGAGUUUCCAGCUGGCCAGUGUGACCUCCCCCAGCCUGCAGGUGGAGUGUGGCGGCCGUGUGGUGCAAUCUUGCGUCAUCCGCAACACCAAGAAGAACCCCAACUUUGACGUCAACAUACUCUUCAUUGAUGUGCGACUACCCAGAGAGGAGCUGUACAUGCCUCCAUUGCUGAUCAAAGUGAUAGACAACAGGCAGUUUGGCAGAAAGCCAGUGGUGGGCCAGUGCACCAUCCGCUCACUGGAGGAAUUCCGAUGCCAACAAGAGAGCCUGGAGGCAGAAACUCCAGAUGAGGAGUUUGAUGAGGUUGCUCAAACACCUAGAGAUGAUGUUCUGAUUGACAUAGAUGACAAGGAGCCUCUCAUUCCCGGACAGCUGGCAGACGGCACCAGUUCUGUUAUUAUUAACCUCUCUACUUCUCGCUCCAGCCUCCAAAUGAACCAAUGGGAUGAUGAGUUCAUGGACUGGUGGAGUAAAUUCUAUGCCUCGACGGGUGAGAGGGAAAAGUGUGGGAGCUACCUGGAGAAAGGCUUUGACACCCUACAGGUGUAUGACCGAGAGCUUGAGAAAGUUGAGGGUUUUGAGCAGCUGGCUGACUUCUGUCAGACGUUUAAGCUUUACCGUGGACGAACUCAGGAUGAGAGUGAAGACCCCUCUGUAGUUGGAGAGUUCAAGGGCAUGUUUAAAAUCUACCCGUUACCUGAUGACCCCUCUGCACCUUGCCUACCACGCCAGUUCCGUCAGCUGCCUCCUAAUGGCAUAGAGGAGUGCCUGGUACGCAUCUAUAUUAUCCAGGCCUACAACCUGCAGCCCAAAGAUGCCAAUGGCAAGUGCGACCCUUAUGUCAAGAUCACACUAGGAAAGAAGUCAAUUAAUGACCACGACAGCUAUAUCCCCUGCACCUUGGACCCUGUUUUUGGGAAGAUGUUCGAGCUGACGUGUUCUCUGCCUUUGGAGAAAGAUCUGAAAAUCAUGCUGUAUGAUUACGACAUGCUCUCUAAAGAUGAGAAGAUUGGAGAGACUGUCAUUGACCUAGAGAACCGAUUUCUGUCUCGAUACUUCGCCUGCUGUGGCCUGCCUCAGUCCUACUGCAUAUCUGGAGUGAACCAGUGGAGAGACCAGCUAAAACCCACCCAGCUGCUCCAGCGGCUAUGUCAGAGGAGAAACUACAAAUUGCCUGUCUACAAGCAGGACAGGGUGUACUUCAGAGGCCAUGAGUACACUGUUGCAGACCUUGAUGAUGCAAAGCUGCCCAAUCCUCACCUUGGUCCACUGGAGGAGCAGCUGGCUCUGCUGGUGCUGAGGAGGCAAGGCUUGGUGCCUGAACAUGUGGAGAACAGGCCUCUAUACAGCCCCCUGCAGCCUGAGAUAGAACAGGGCCGGUUGCAGCUGUGGGUGGAUCUGUUCCCUAAGUCUUUGGGCCCCCCAGGGCCACCUUUUAAAAUUACUCCACGCAAAGCCAAGAAGUUCUUUCUACGCUGCAUCAUAUGGAACACCAGUGAUGUCAUACUGGAUGAUGUCAGUGUUACCGGGGAGAGGAUGAGUGACAUUUAUGUGAAAGGCUGGAUGCAUGGACACGAGGGGAACAAGCAGAAGACAGACGUGCACUAUCGCUCGCUUGGUGGCGAAGGCAACUUCAACUGGAGGUUCCUCUUCCCGUUCCAUUACUUACCUGCUGAGCAGCUGUGCACCAUUGAUAAAAAGGAGCACUUCUGGAGUUUGGAUAAGGCCGAGAUGAAGCUGCCUCCUAAGCUCAUCAUUCAAAUUUGGGACAAUGACAAGUUCUCCUUUGACGAUUACCUGGGUUGUUUGGAAAUGGAUCUGAACCACAUGUUGAGGCCAGCGAAGUCUCCGGAGAAAUGCGGUCUGGAGCUGCUCACUCAGCCCCAGGAUAAGCUGGUGUCUCUGUUCGAGCAGAAGACAGUUAAGGGCUGGUGGCCCUGUGUGUGUGACAGACAAGGAGAGAAAAUCUUAGCUGGAAAGUUAGAGAUGUCCAUGGAGAUAGUAUCAGAGCAGGAGCAGGAUGAGAGACCUGCAGGGCUGGGCAGAGAUGAGCCCAACAUGAACCCUCACCUGGAGGAGCCACAGCGACCUGAAACCUCCUUCCUUUGGUUCUCCUCUCCGUACAAAACACUGAAGUUUAUUGUGUGGAGGAGAUUUAAGUGGCUUAUCCUGGGCCUCAUCCUCCUUUUCUUCAUCCUGCUCUUCCUGGGAGUCUUCCUCUACGCCUUCCCUAACUAUGCUGCUAUGAAGAUGGUGGGGCCGUUCGGUGGAAUGAACAAGGGGAACAAAUGAAUAAAAUGAUUGGAGAAGAUCGCAAGGAGGAUGUAGGGCUUGCCUAGCGCCUUCCAGCACUGCACCAAAUACAUCGCUGCACCUUCACUGCUCACUCCUAGUGGAAUACUGUGAGCUAAUCAAGUCAUACCGCCUGGGCUAUAGUGUAUUUAUAUGCAGAAAUCCACAAUCUGCUCUUAUUUAUAUUCAUCUUCAGCUGUGACUUGUGAGGUGAGAGAAUGCUGAAUAAGGUAAAGGGGCCAUAUCAUGGAAAACUGCGUUGCCCUUGCUUUUUUCAUAGAAGAGUUUGAUGUACUAAGUAAGCACUGUUAAAAGUUUCCAAAUGUUAACUCAGUCCAUACCGUUUAUAAAUGGAUGCUAAGCUGAAAAACAGCAUGUUUUGAAUCCCUGAGUGUGAUGUCAUGAACACAUUUACCUGUGACUGCCCAAUCAGCUUCAAGCAGUUUAGCCAGUCUUCACAAUGAAGUGAUAAGAAGUGUUUCUGCUGUAGAGUUUUUGGAGGGCAGCCAAUCAGAAAACUUUUCAACCUUAAAGGCACAGUAACAGUAAGAUAAAGAGAUGGUCAUGGAUAAAUGAAACAAAUAUUUUUGGUACAUAGAAUUUCGCAGAUAAAAUAAGUGAACCUAAAAAGGAAGAAAAAGAAAGAGAAAGAAAAGAAAAACGUAGAAUUUGGCCGGCUUAUAUGUCAGCGAAAGGUUUUGCGUAUUGGAGGGUGUAUGACUGUAUGUGUUGUACAUGUGCACCUUUUUGGUCAAUGCAUCUACAUGCGAAGGUGGACCGUGUGUCUGUGCGCCCCGUGUGUACACGUAUGCGUGUUCACUCUAAGCUUUUUGGCCUUGUUUAUGACCUGGUGCUGAACUCUCUCUGUAUUUUCUUGUACUCCCAUGUACACUUUUAUCUCUCUCUGCCAGUUUUAAACCUCUUUUCAUGUCGUCUGUAAAACCCUGGCUUUUUUGCUGCUAGCCGUGGCUUUCUUCUGCCUUCACGCAGAGAGAAGGAGUUGCCUCCUCCCUCUUUUGCUUUCAACAUGGCCUGGUGCUUUAGUUAAAGUCUGGAUUUGUCCAGCAUGUAAGGGCUGAGGCAGUCUGGCUAUUAGCUGAACUCCUGCUGUCAGAAGCCCUAUCUGUCUGAUAACUAUCAAAGCUCAGUUGUUUUGCUUCAUACAAGUAGAUGGACCUGGUGUCAGCUGUGGGCUAACUUUGUUGUUGUUGUUAGUUUAAUUCACUUAUGCCACACAUUUCCGUUCACUCAGAGUCAGCACACUGACUUUGUUACCCAAGCGUAGACUGCAACUGCAAUUAAUGUCGACAUAUUUUCAGUUUGCAAGUUAAGCAGCCCCCUUGGUUCAUGGUUCAUGGUUUUAAGUGACUGUAGAAAAGCAUGGCUGGGUGGCUGCCGUUUCCAGAAUUGUAAAAUUAUGUGUGAGCAUCUGGUAGAAGGUCAGAAUCAUCUCAAAGCGCCUAAUAAAAACGUAAUCAGCACGAUAAAACACACUGCCUGCUCUGUUAGCGUAAUUAGAUUAUGUACACCGUUCUCUCCUCCACUGAGUGAAAUGCAAGCUCAGGGGUCAUAGCCGGGGCACUGGAAGGGUCAAACGGAUCCAGGGUUCCGCAGCACCGCACCUAUUACGUAAAGCUGACCUUUGCGUGCUCAGAGCGCUUAGUGGUGUGUUUAUCCGACAGCCAGCACCACACAGUAUCUCUCUGAACAGGAAAGGUCAAGAGAGCCAGGCUAAUCCCACUGAAUCUCCACAGAUUUCCUGGAGUGUGUACGUUUUGGCCCGAAAAAGAGAGGGAAAAGGCGGAAAGAAGGGCUUUGAUCUUUAUAUAGGCUUCAUUGGUGUAGAGGGGAAGAGUCUUCUCUUCUUAUGUGUUGAGAACAGGGAAAGAACCAGGUGGAAGAAAAGAAAAAUAAAAGAUCAAAAUAUUUGCUUUAACUUGAUAUUUUUCUCAAAGUAGAACAGACUGUGUCCAUUAUAUCAUUGUCCUGAAGUCUGAGAUUCAGAAUACUUGAAAUGCCUCAUUUCAUAGGACACAGUGCUAAUAUGUAGCCCAGGCUCUUUUCAGCCAAAGUUAUAGUCGAAUGUUAUCCUGAGAAUGGCUAGCGAUUCUGUCAAUCUUAUGCCUUGUCAUGAUGACAAUCUUGCCUUUUUUGUUAUGUGUAUGACUGAUAUCACUGCAAAAAUAUCACACUGAAUCGUGAAUAUUAGCAUCUUAUUCAUUUCUAAUGUGAUGCUGAAUGUGUUGGAUUUGAUGCCUUAUUGCUUGUGCCUUUUAUAAGGGAUAAAUUCACUGUUUUGAAGUCAUUUCACUGUGUUGAAGACACUGUAUGUGCAUAUGUUUACAAGCAAUAUAUGUGGUUUCUGUAGCAAUAUUCCAAUAAAAAACAUAUAUCCCUUAA